CAUACAUUGUGUGGAUACCCGAGAGGAACUAUUUCUAAUUAUCGCCAUUUUAGAACAGAUUUUUCGAAUGGUGUUAUUAUGAAUUGUUACACUAUUUCAUUUACAUUUUUCGUUUCAGGUUUUAAGCUGACUAUACCGAGAGAAACAUUCGGUAUACGGGUAGUCCUGUAAUUAUCACUGUAUGAACGGGUGAUACCAAACUGGAUUCAUGUGUAUAACCGACAGCUGCAUGCAGUAGUAUUUAAUGAAGAGGUAUCCGAGGAGCUCUGGAGUCCCUACUACCUAACGAAGAUGACAGCAGUGGCCAGGUCGGCGUAUUAUUUGAGUUGUGUUUUAACUUUGGUGACUCUCCUCUCACACCCUGUCAGCUGUGUUACUAACAAUGAGGGCACACAGAUCGACUGGGAAUUAACCGACUUUAGAAAUAAAUUUUACAUCGCAGGGAAGGAAUUUCCAAUCAGGACAAAUGAACACAAAGAAGAAGACUUUUUAAAUCUAAGUAGAUCCUUUCUUCGCGAUGGUAUGAUCGGCACCCUCCUUCGAAAUUUCGAGGAGACGCAGAAGAUCAAAAGUAGGGGAACUGAAAGUUACUUGAGACAGUCAGAUAAUAGCAAGUUAACUAAUGUGUUUUCUGCAGAAAAAUUAACAGACAGUCGAUAUGAUGUGUCAUUUUCUUGUCUCAAUGACACGAAGCAAGUCAUGCUGGAUAUCUUAGGAAGGCAACCCUACGCUCUCGGUAUGUUGGACGCCGACACAAAGAUCCCUAGUGGUAUAUUACAGGGGCAUUGGCUAUGGUUCGGAAGCUAUGACGAAUGUAAGGGUGUCGAAUCGCCCGAACUACCCUCUGGUCGUCACAUUUCUGGACAAUAUUGUUUAGCAUCAACGUUGAAUAACAUUAAGGCAUUAGGUUAUAAACCCAUAAUGCUUGGUACAUGUGUACCGAGUAGUUGCAGCGACAGCGACGUGAGAGGUCUUAUUCGAAGUUUGAUCGAUGAUGGGUCAGGUCCUCCCAAACCUGUCGAAGCUGUCUGUGCAGAGAAAGCAAAAUAUUCUACGGGAGCUAUCGUAGCAUUGGUGGUUAGCGGUAUACUUGGGGUGCUGGUAUGUGCUGGUACAAUAACAGAUAUUUACCAGAGGUAUACGGACGUUAGCGGACAUCGGAAGGACGGAUACAGGCAAAGCAACGGAGUAGUCAUUCAAACUAAUGAACGGACGGGACUUCUGUCCAGCACAUCCGUAUCCCUCGAGGAGGCACCCUUGAUUCAUCCGGCUAACAAUGUUCCGAAAAGGAGGAUGCCGUCAUUCAUGACGUCAUUUUCCUUUGUGAAAAACACAGAAAAGCUCAUGUCUACUUCCACGGCGUCUAGCCCUCUGUCUUCCCUCAACGGCAUGCGCGUGCUGAGCAUGUGGUGGGUCAUCCUCGGACAUAACUUCGAAAUACCAUUAACGAACUCAACAGUCCAAAACCCUGUUCAAGCUAUGAAAAUUGGUCAACGAUUUUCCUUCCAGGCAGUUGUAAACGGAACUUUCUCUGUUGACACUUUUUUCUUUAUGAGUGGAGUACUAGUGACCUAUCUGUGCCUAAAAGACAUAUCUAAUAACCAUGGCCGGACACGAUGGGGAAUGUUUUACUUUCAUAGAUUUUGGAGACUGACUCCAGCGUUUGCCUUUUGCCUGAUGUUGUAUGCUACACUGACCAAACACAUUGUAAACGGACCUUAUGCUAUUGUCUACAACAUCAUGAUGGACUAUCAACCUGACCCUUGUUCGUCCUCGUGGUGGGCAAGUCUGCUGUACAUAAGCAACUUUUAUCCCAGUAGUGGAAAUCUACAAAAAAUAUGUAUGCCCUGGACUUGGUAUCUAUCUAACGAUAUGCAGUUUUACAUCAUCAGUCCGAUUUUCAUUAUCCUACUUUUGCGUUACCGGAAAGCCGGUGUAGGCGCAUGCGUAGCGAUGAUCAUAGCAUGCGUCUUUAUUCGUUUAAUGACGGCAGUUGAAUACGGGAUUUACCUUCCAAAUCAGGGGGUAACUAAACACACUAAUGAUAUCUACGCUACGAAUCCAACGUACAACAGACCUUACACAAGGAUCGCUCCUUAUAUGGUUGGGAUAUUGCUGGGGUACCUAUUGUAUACCAAUGAUUGCAAGGCCAGACUCAACAAGAUAAGCGUUUUGAUUGGUUGGUCUUUAGCCAUUGUCAUGGGGGUGCUUCCAGUGUAUGGCCUAUAUCACUAUUAUCACGACCAAACUGGUGCCAACCUAGCAGUCAGUGCGUUUUAUAUCAGCUGUUCCAGGCUAUCAUGGUCUAUUGCCAUAGCGUGGGUCAUAUACGCAUGUGCAACCGGAUAUGGCGGUCCAGUAAAUAUUAUCCUGUCAUGGAAAGUCUGGGCCCCACUCGGACGCCUGACCUACUGUGCCUACCUUGUCCAUCCAGUCGUCAUUACAGCAUACGGCUUCAACCUUCCCACAGAAUUUUUCUAUGGCGAUAUCGCGGUGAUCUACAUGUAUCUUGGGAACCUCGUGUCAUCAUAUUGCAUCGCUUAUAUCGUUUCCAUGGUGAUCGAAGCGCCGAUGAUGGGUUUGGAGAAAGUGUUUUUUAAACGAUAAAUUAUG